UAGAGGUGGAAUCUGUUUGCUUCACAUUCAUUAAAGGAAGGAAGAAAUAUUUCAGAGCAGCACAACAAUUCAAACUGGAUCACAGGGUUGGUCCAUUGCACCUGUGGAAUAUAAAGAGUCUGAAGAGCCUUGAUUUGACACCAGGAUCUAUGGAAAUCAGAGGGUCAGGAAGAGAAAACAAGUCAGAAAAAUGCUGGCCUUGAAAGUUUUCCCCCUCCUCCUUGCCUCUCUGAGCCUCGUUCUGACAGCGGAGAACCGCACCAGUGGAAACACGAAGAGUCCCAGCAGCAGAGUUUUGCAGAGACGUUAUUCUGAGGCCAUUCUGGCUAGUGAUUAUAGCCGCACCAUAGACAACAUGAUCAAGAAGAACUUUGUGGAAUGGUUGCUGGCUAGGAGAGAGAUGAAAAAUGAUAACGCUAUUGAUCCCUACAAGAGGGAAGCUGAACCCCAAAUAAACAGCUAUGGCUUGGAGCUGGGCUCCCAGCAAGCUAAGGACUUCUUUGUCUGGCUUCUAAAAAACAAAAGAAAGCAGAGUUUUGCUUUUCCAGAAGAUUCUGAUGUCCCAAAGGAUGCUCUGAGCCAGGAGUUAUUGGCAUGGCUGACUUCUGCUGAUCCCCUCAGACCAAGUUUUCUCUAAGGUGUCACCCAAGAGAUCCCGACAUGGAACCCAACUGAGGAUGAUCAGCAGAGGUGACUCCUCUCCAAAUUUGAAUGGAGCUCAGAGGGAAUUAUUUUUGCCAAAUGCCAGGCUUAAAUAUAGCGACACAAAGGCUUCAAUUGUUUCUUCUCCCCGUUCUCUGUUUUGCCAGAACUCAAUAACCCAGCACCCUAUGGAGGAGCUGCCUGCACCUACUUACCCUUGAGAUGUUAACGAGGAAGGGGAACUUGCUUGUCACCUCGCUCUGUGUUCAUUCUACUCUGUGCACAUUGUGAUCUUUGCUGAUGUGAGCAAUAAAGAAUUUAG